AUGACUAUUGGAAACAUUAAGAAACUUUUCAAGAGUAAUUCUCAAUCUGAACCUGAACCUGAACCUGAACAGUUACCACCUCAUAUGUCUGUUCAAAACCAAAGAGCUUUAAAUCAAGUAGUAUUUUCUGUUACUGAAGAUGACUCAACUCUUCUUGAAGUAACUGAUCCUGCAGCUUCUACAACCCCUGCUUUUAAUACUAUUCCAAACGUUAAAGAUAUCUUCAGAUGGAGAUACAACUAUGGUGUAAAUUUGGGUUCAUGUUUCCUUUUGGAAUCUUGGAUAUACUCUGAUCUUUUCGAAAAAGGUGGUGCUUCUGAAUUAGAUGCUAUUAAUAGGAAUUUAACCGCUUUUGGUGUAGAUGUUACUGCUCAAAAGCUAUCGUCACACUAUACAAAUUACAUCUCCACCUUGGAUUGGAAUUGGUUGAAGAAUAAUGCUAAUAUAACAGCUUUAAGAGUACCUAUCGGUUAUUGGCACGUAAAUAAUGGCCAAUUUGUUGAUGGUACUCCAUUUGCUCCAUUAAAAUCAGUUUAUCAAAAAGCUGCUCCAUGGGAUAAAUUAAAAAAUUUAAUUUACGUGGCUAAACAAUAUGGGAUCGGAAUACUAGUAGAUGUCCAUGGUCUUCCAGGUGGAGCUAAUAGUUCUGAUGCUAGUGGAUCUAUAAAUAAUCCGCCUACUUUUUUCAAAAACCCAACAUAUAUCAGUAAGAUGGUGAACCAAAUCUUACCAUUCAUUGCAAGAGAUGUUUGCAUCAACAAUAUAAACGUCAUAGGUUUACAAAUAGUAAAUGAAGCAGAUACGAACAAUACACCAGUCAACGAACACAACUAUUACUUGAGAUCGGCUAAGGCAAUAGGUGCUAUCGAUCCUCAAUUGCCUGUUGUAAUUUCAGAUGGAUGGUGGCCAGAACAACAGGGUACAUGGGUUCAGCAAAACAAUUUGGUUUCAACUGUAGUAGUGGAUGCACACAUAUAUAGAUGUUUUUCAUCUUCUGAUAAAUCCAAGACUGCCCAACAGAUUAUCAGUAGUUUAAAUUCGACUGUUAAUUAUCCUUCGAAAUCAGCAGAUUUCCUCACUGGUGAAUUCAGUUGUGUUUUAGAUGAACAAACGUGGAAUCGUACAUCUGGUAAUCGUGCUGAUUUAAUAAAACAAUUUGGUCAAACGCAGGUUGCAAUAUUUUCUCAAGUUUCAAGUUGGGGUUGGUUCUUUUGGACUUUGAAAUUUCAAAUAGGUAAUGGUGGUGAAUGGGGGUUUGUUCCUCAAGUGAGUAAAAAUAAUAUCCCAAGAAGACCUCAGGGAUCUGGUAUUACUAUAGAUUGGGGGAAAGUUCAAAGGAUAUACCAAGAUCAUAUAAAUUAUUGGAAAGGUAAAGGAUCUUAUUUCGAGCAUUGGAGAUUUGCAGAUGCUAUAUACAAGGCGGCAUCUGAUGUCCAAACAUUCUCUCAAUAUGGAAAUUCAAGAAUUGGUAGAACAUUAUCCUGGACCAAACUACGUAGAGGACAAUAUAUUGCAUUGAAGGGAGAUAGUUCUUAUAUGUGGGAAUGGGAUCAAGGUUACCAAAAAGGUUUGGAUGAGUUUAAUAAAUAUUAA